CUCAGUUCUCCUCGUUUUCAGUUCGCCGAAAGUCACCAUGUCGGAUGGGGGUGAGUUUCCAGCCGUGGUCGAGCUGAACAUCGGCGGCGUAUCGUACACCACGACUCUAAAGUCUCUGACCAGCCAGCCCGACUCUCUGCUCUAUGCCAUCUUCACCGGUCGAGAGCCCGUGAUGAAAGAUGCGAAAAAUCGCUAUUUCCUGGACCGCGACGGGGUGCUUUUCCGCUACGUGUUGGACUUUUUACGAGACGGGACUGUGGUGCUGCCGGAGUGCUUUAGAGAGCGCGAACGGCUCAAGACGGAGGCUGAAAAAUACAUGCUGCACGGAUUGGUGGAGGCGAUCGCCAGCGAGACGAGGAACAGGCCACCUGGGGUCAUCACCGUCGGGUACCGGGGCAGUUUUCAAUUCGGAAAGGACGGAAUGACCGAAGUGAAAUUCAGGAAGCUUAAUAGGAUUCUGGUGUGCGGUAAAGUCGAUUUGUGUAGAAGCGUCUUCGGGGAAACACUCAACGAAAGUCGGGACCCAGAUCACGGACAAUCAGAACGAUAUACUUCGAGAUUCUUCCUAAAGCACUCGUCUCUGGAGCAAGCUUUCGACAUGCUGUUAGAGCAGGGCUUCAAGCUGGGCGGCAGUUGCGGCUCCGGGACGGCAGGCGGCGCCACGGACAUUAAGCCCGGAGUGGACGUGGAGGAGAACCGCUGGAACCACUACAAUGAAUUCGUCUUCAUUCGAGAAUAGCUUUGCGAUUUUAAAGUCAUAUCAUAUCUCUCAGAAUAUCCUUCAUUCUACAUGUAUUGUUUAAUUAUUCGAUAGGGUUAGGAGAACUUUUGAAAAAC